AUGACGGGGGAAAAGAUCCGCUCGCUGCGUAAGGACAGCAGGCCGUCCAAGGACCGGGACUUACUGGAUCAGGAUGAGGAGGCGGCUGCGGGAGCCUUCAGCACGUCCAACCGAACGAAAGUCAAAGGCAGCAAGAUAUUCAGCAACCACAAGCUGGUGCGAUCGCCGUCGGAACAGCAGAGCCUGCAGUCGCAGAGCAACGCCAACACGAAAACUGCUACCGAUGACAACAACCGCAACAGCGUUAUCCACGCCGGCGGGUUUUUCCCAGUGCACGAAUGCGUGUUCAGAGGCGAUGUGCGCCGCCUUUCGUCGCUGAUCCGCACUCAGAGCAUCGCCCAGAAAGACAUCCAUGGAAAUACGCCGCUUCAUCUUGCUGUCAUGAUGGGCCAUAAAGAGUGUGCCCAUUUACUUCUGGCCCACAAUGCACCGGUCAAGGUGAAGAAUGCUCAAGGAUGGAGCCCUCUUGCUGAAGCCAUCAGCUAUGGAGACCGGCAAAUGAUCACAGCAUUGCUAAGGAAACUGAAGCAACAAUCCAGGGAGAGUGUGGAGGACAAGAGACCGCGGCUCCUGAAAGCUCUUAAAGAGCUCGGGGACUUCUACUUGGAGCUUCACUGGGAUUUUCAAAGCUGGGUGCCUUUGCUUUCCCGAAUUUUGCCUUCUGAUGCCUGUAAGAUCUACAAACAGGGUAUCAAUAUCAGACUCGACACCACCCUCAUAGACUUCACAGACAUGAAGUGCCAGCGAGGAGACCUCAGCUUCAUCUUCAACGGGGAAGCUGCACCCUCCGAGUCCUUUGUUGUUCUUGACAACGAGCAGAAGGUCUACCAGAGGAUACACCAUGAAGAGUCAGAGAUGGAGACAGAAGAAGAGGUGGACAUUUUAAUGAGCAGUGAUAUUUACUCAGCCACCCUCUCUACCAAAUCCAUAACCUUCUCCCGGGCACAGACUGGCUGGCUCUUCAGAGAGGACAAAACGGAGAGAGUCGGGAAUUUCCUAGCAGACUUCUACUCUGUCAACGGCCUGGUGCUGGAGUCCAGGAAGCGCCGGGAACACCUGAGUGAGGAGGACAUCCUGCGGAACAAGGCCAUCAUGGAGAGCCUGAGCAAAGGGGGGAACCUCAUAGAGCAGAACUUUGAGCCGGUGAGAAGACAGUCCCUCACUGUCCCAUCACCCAGCACCAUCUCAUGGGAGGAGUACAUCAACGCAGAGAAUGGAAAGGCUCCCCAUCUGGGCAGAGAGUUGGUCUGCAAAGAAAGCAAGAAGAACUUCAAAGCCACCGUGGCUAUGAGCCAGGAUUUCCCCCUCGGCAUUGAGUCGUUACUGAAUGUAUUAGAGGUCAUCGCUCCCUUUAAGCACUUUAACAAACUCAGAGAAUUUGUCCAAAUGAAACUCCCUCCCGGAUUUCCAGUCAAACUAGACAUCCCUGUGUUUCCGACCAUCACAGCAACUGUAACAUUUCAGGAGUUUCGGUACGAUGACUUUGAAGAAUCCAUUUUCAACAUCCCCAACGACUACAAAGAGGACCCUAGUCGCUUCCCUGACCUUUAACCUCUUUCAAGUAACGACUGGGGGGGGGGGGCACCCUAACACCAGUAUGAACCGUGUAUAAAUCAAUAAAUAAAAAGGCAACUCUCUUACAGGGGUAAUGACACACCCAGAGGGGUUUGCUGAAUUUUUUUAAACGCUGUAUGUAAUGUUACAGGGAUAGUGUUGGAUGAACCUGUAUUGAGGCACUGAGUGGUUUGUGUAAGAAAAAUGGUACUGUUCUUAUGUCUGGUUUUUAAGGUUGUGUUAUGUAUACCGUCAGAAGUUUCCAGAAGCUUCACUGAAUUAAAGUAGCAUCCACAUGCACUACUUUAAAUAAGCACUUUGCUAAGCUUUGUUCAGUUGGAAGGGGGUCACUUGUCUGUGCCAGUUUUUAUUCUAUUGGGUAUAUACUUAAAAAAAAAAAAAAAAGGAAAAAAAAUGUUAACAUCACAAAAGAAUGAUGACACGACUGUACAACAAAGCCAUCUGGAUCUCUGAGUUUCAGAAAAAAUGGUAGUGUAAAUCAAGCUUUUUUUUCCCCCCACUUUAGGUUUCUGAGCUGUAUUUAAGCAAUACAGUGCCAUUUGAGAGAGACAAGGCAUGUAUGUUCUCAAAGCAGAAAGGUGUGAUUCGGAAAUAACAUGGAAAAUUUAAAAUAAGUACAAUGUACAUUAAGAUUUUUACAGGCAUUUCCACUUACAGGGUGUAAAUACUUCUGUUUUUAAGUGUCUUUCACGUCAUUGUUGUAUCUGAGUGUGAGAGGGCUGAUGGAGGCAUGCUGCUUUUUACCGGAUUGGCUACUACUGAACUUUAUUCACGCAAAGUGCUGAUGUGGGUGCGGGCAGGGCUGACGCAGGAAGCUGCUACAUCUCCACCAUGGCUCACCCUUCUGUACACUACAUACCGCGUGGACCUUUUGACUGAGUCUCCGCUGUGGCUGAGCGGACCUGAAUGAACUUCUUUAACAUGCAGAACACGCUGCUGUUUAUCUCCCAGAGAGAACAGUAACAACUGCAGGAACUUCUGAAAACCUCCGAACACACGUGUACAAACGUCUUAAAACCAUCAAAAUCGGUUUAUAAAUCGGUCGGUUUAUAAAUCAUCUCGUACAGUGUGGAAACUUGAAUGGAGACUGUAAUUUAACAUGUCUAAUGUUAAAUGAAGGUGAAGUCAAUAAACAUAAAGUUUAAUCCAGACAUAGUCAUCAUCAUACAUGAAACCGCCAUUAAAUGACCUUGAAACUAGCCCUGAACAGCAGGUUCACGAUCCCUUUGCACUUUGUGGUCAAUAAUCUUGACAGGCUGUCAGGUUUUGUUUAUGCCAGGUCACUGUUUUUUUUUAACAUCAUUAAUAAUAAAUGAUAACAAAUUUAGUUUCCAGUAAGACUGCUAAAUCGAGAGGAACCUGUUAGCUCGUCAGGACUCCUUGAUGUUGGUAUUAAUUUAUUUUUGCUGUGUGCUUUGGAAACUUGAUAUUAUCUUGGUUAAUAAAGCACUAGCAGUAUUCAUGUCAGAAUGCUUUUAUUUUAAUUUUUAAUUAUAUUACUUUGUGUUUUUUAAUUACACAUUGGCCUAAAAAUAUGACCAGAAAUAUAUGAGACAGCACCAUUGUAUGCUUCCAGACCUCACUACUGGAUAGUGUGGCAUGUUUCCCUGGCUAUUUUUUUUUUAUACUAAUAAGCCAUGUAAUUUAUCUUGCAGUCUCUGUGCUUGGUGGUUUGUUUUAUUUCUUUCUACCAUUGCUUCAGCUUUUAGGACUUUAAACACACACUUUCAAGUAUACUUGUACCUACAUGCAGAUUGUACAGCAAGAACAUUGUAUAAGCCCGACACACUAUUUUCAUAUGAAAACUGUACUCGAAUAAAAUAUACACAUAUUAAGA